AUGACUUCUCUAGGUUUCGCGACCCCGCCGUUCGUGGGGAAGUAUGGUGGUCGUCAAAGCGGUUAUGAAGGCUGGCAUAAUCGGAGCUUCUUGCACGGAGGUGAACGGAGUUGUGCGAAGCGGACUUUCCGUGUUCGGGAAAGUCGCAGUUCCAGCGCCCGGAUCUACAUGAUGCCAGUCGGAGUGCCGAAAGUCGCUUUUCGUGUUCCGGGAGGAACUCAGGCUGAGUGGGUGGAUAUUUACAACCGUAUGUACCGAGAACGUAUCAUUUUUCUAGGGAGCGAGUUAGACGACGAGCUUGCGAACCAAAUUAUCGCCGUGAUGCUCUAUCUUGACUCCGAGGACAAUACAAAGCCUAUCUAUCUCUACAUCAACUCACCCGGAGGCUCCGUAGUAGCGGGUCUUGCAGUGUACGACACGAUGCGACAUAUCAAGUCCGAGGUCGUGACAAUAAACGUUGGCCUUGCUGCGUCUAUGUCGAGCUUUCUGCUUGCUGCCGGGGAGAAGGGCAAGCGUUUUGCCCUGCCGCACUCUCGGGUCAUGAUUCACCAACCGCUCGGCGGAGCGCAAGGGCAGGCGUCAGACCUCAAAGUUGAGGCAGAGCAGAUUUUGCGCAUUCGAGAUGCACUUACGUACGAAUACUCGAAGAUGACUGGACAACCGUACGAAAAACUGAUCCGGGAUAUGAGCAGAGACAAUUUCAUGUCAGCGCAGGAGGCCGUCGAGUAUGGUCUGAUUGAUCGCGUCAUCGAAGGUAAGGCACAGUAG